UCUAACGUAGCUGGAAGAAAAAUGGCGGCGCCCAUCAGAACAACUCUCAAACGACUUUCGCAACAGGAGGGUGUCUGGCUCAGGUUGUGUACCACGGGAUGGCGUCACCACCAUAACCCCGCAGGUGCUUCGCUGCCCUAUGUACCCCGCAGAGCCGUGCUCUACUGCCCCGGCAAUGAUGAGCGAAAGCUGAGGAAACUGGCCACGCUGGACGUUGACUGCGCCGUCCUGGACUGCGAGGAUGGCGUUGCCCUCAACAAAAAGACAGAGGCCAGGGAAAACAUUCCCAGGAUGUUGGCUGAAUUAAACCUGGGCCGGACGGAGAAGUGUGUGAGGGUCAACUCGGUGUCCAGUGGUUUAGCUGAGGCUGACCUACAAGUUGUCCUACAGGCUGAGGUUCUCCCCCCUGCCCUAAUGUUGCCCAAAGUGGAGGACACUCAAGAAAUUCAGUGGUUCGUUGACAGGUUUCAGCGCAGCUUGAAAGGACGGCCGCUGACGGGACCUAUUCGCCUGGUGACCUUUGUGGAAACGGCUGUGGGCCUGCUCAACUUUAAGGCGGUAUGCGAGGAAAUCCGUCGACUCGCAUCUGAGGCGGGCCUCCAUCAUGACGGUGUGGUGUUCGGUUCUGAUGACUUCUGCGCCAGUAUAGGGGCCACACGGACCAAGGAUGCCAAGGAGCUGCUGUACGCCAGGCAGAAAGUGGUCACCACCGCCAAGGCUUUCGGGCUGCAGGCGAUCGACCUGGUGUACAUUGACUACAAAGAUGUGGAGGGGCUGAGGCAGCAGGCCCGGGAAGGAGCUCUCAUGGGCUUCACAGGUAAGCAGGUCAUCCACCCCGGGCAGGUCCAGGCCGUGCAGGAAGAAUUCUCUCCCAGUCAGCAGAGGGUCCAGUGGGCUAAAGAGCUCAUUGCUGCAUUCGAGCUACACCAGAAAGAAGGAAAGGGUGCGUUCACGUUCCACGGUAGCAUGAUUGACAUGCCGUCGCUGAAGCAAGCGCAGAACAUCGUCACGCUCUCUGCGGCCGUGCCACAGAAAUAAUGUGGCCGCCAGGGACCAAAUACAAAGAGCUGUUGGUGGGGUGCUGGGGGCCAGGCAGGAACUGGACUUUGCCUGACACUAAGAGAACAGUUUUGUUUCAAUUCAGUUUUAUUUUUUGGGGGCGGGGGGCAAAAAAAGGUAUGACCCAUCGUACUUUAGUGCAACCUGGUCUCCCAGGGGCUUCUGGUGGAGGGGCGCCAUUUUUCCGUCGUCACGUCCCUACUCCUUCACUCUGCUCAAGGUCAUCAUGAAAGCAUCUUGAUGGUUGGAACUGCUGGGCGAAAAGGGUAAACAAACACUAUUUUGAUUUGCGGGAGAUCCAUUCACCGUACCCCCCGCCCCCGCCUUAUUCAGGGGCCGGCUCAUGAACGCGGAACAACGUGAACUCGCCAUUUAGCGUCUUUGUGUGGGUCCCUUGAGCAAAAGUCAUGCGGCUCCUUGCGCGGGCAGCCUGCGGGUCUAACUGUGGCCAAAUAUAAUAAAAGCUGCCUGAUCUCUCAUUUAAGGUGAAGCCACUUUAUUCCAAGCGGGCGCCUCUUGCAGUACUGUAUUCGGGGCCCCGGUGGUGUUGCGUGUCCUACUAUCAUGCUACAAUAUGUCUGCGUGGAAUUGCACGCAGGCAAACCACGGUGCUCGAGGAGCACUGUUGCCCCAGCACAGCCCAUCCUAGCUUUUGUCUUCUCUGGAGGAUAAUUGAGGGGGGGGUGUCGCGAGUGCUUCAUGGUGCCAUUGGUGACCAUGGCAAUGAAAAGCUCGCUUUACACCCCACCUCAUCCACUCAUCUUCCCCUCGCUUUCUUGCCACUGUAUGAUGUAUUGUGUCUGCAGACAGGCCCGCGUCUGCGCCAGGACGGGACCGGACAAAAAAAAAAAAAAAAAAAGACCGGACAGCGCCCAAGCCAAAGGCCCCAACAGUAAGCUGUCUGUCUGGCAUUCGGCCACAUUAUUCCUCCCCACUCCCGCUUCACUUUUUGCUGUCGUCUAUUCACCAGCGUUUGUGUUUGUUUGUUUUCACGACUGAUGCAGAGGUCGGUGGACAAAACUGCUGCUCCUAUUUAUGGCUUUCAUUAAGUGAAUCCGCACACAUGUCCCAACAGUUGGUGUGAGGAAAAUGUGGAGACACAAAUUGUGGGUGAUUUUAGUAGUUUGUUAUCAUUUUACAAUACACUGGCACUAAAGAGUUGAAGCCAU